CACAGCAAGUGCCCCUUAUUCUUACUUAUCAUCUCCAUUAUUAUAAAAGUCUCAUACCAUUAUCUGUGAACACUACCCAUCUCCAAGACUCCAACCACUAUCUAGCCAUUUUCAAAACCUCUAAAGAGUAAACAGACAUAAACUAGAACUCUUCUUUCAUCCACCAGCGAUGGAAGAAGAAACAGAAUCAUCACCUUGUGAUAUUUCACCAAUAACCGAACAAAUUUUGUUCGAAAAGUACCAGAUUGGUCGACUACUCGGUUGCGGUGCAUUUGCUAAAGUAUAUCACGCAAGGAACAUACAAACGGGGCAAAAUGUAGCAAUAAAAGCAAUCAGCAAACAGAAAAUCAUGAAGAGUGGAUUCAUGCCGAACAUCAAGAGAGAAAUAUCGAUUAUGCGACAACUGCAUCAUCCAUAUAUCGUCAAAUUAUUCGAAGUGUUGGCAACAAAAGCCAAGAUUUAUUUCGUAAUGGAGUUUGUCAAAGGUGGUGAGCUUUUUUCCGAGAUAGCCAAAUGUAGAUUUAGCGAAGAUUUAAGUCGACGGUAUUUCCAACAAUUGAUAUCAGCUGUUGGUUAUUGCCAUUCUCAUGGUGUUUUUCACCGUGAUCUUAAACCAGAAAAUUUAUUGCUGGAUGAAAAUGGUGACUUGAAGGUGUCUGAUUUUGGUCUUAGUGCGGUCACGUCCCAGGAACAAAGGAACGGGCUGUUGUAUACAUCAUGUGGAACACCGGCAUAUGUGGCUCCGGAGAUAUUAGCGAGAAAAGGUUAUAGUGGGGCAAAGAUUGAUAUAUGGUCAUGUGGUGUCAUAUUGUUUGUGCUGAAUUCUGGUUAUCUUCCUUUUAAUUGCUGGAAUUUGUCCGGGUUGUACAGGAAAAUAUAUAGAGGUGAGUUUCGUGUACCUAAAUGGACAUCACCGGGUUUACAGCAUCUUAUUUCACGGCUUCUCGAUACCAAUCCGAUGACUAGGAUCACUGUCGAUGAAAUCAUCCAAGACCCUUGGUUUUCAGAAGGUUAUAAUAAUGAGAUCAAAUUUCAUGAACCUGAAAACAACUUUUUAACCAAAGGAAUUGGUCACUGUGGAAACAACGGCAGUCCAAAGUUCUUGAAUGCAUUUGAUAUUAUCUCAUUCUCUCGGGGGAUAGACUUAUCAGGAUUGUUUAAGGAUUUCGACAAAUUGCCGGCGGCGGAAAGUCAUCGGUUUAUUACUGCCGAGACACCGGUGAACUUUACAAAAAUGGUCAGUGACGUAGCAGCCAAAGGAAAUCUAACGAUGACGAGAAAAGAUUGGAACAUAACGUUGGAAGGGCCAAACGGGAAGUUGCUUGUCGUCAUUGAAAUGUAUCAGUUGACGGAAAGUUUGGCCGUGGUGGAAAUACAGUCGUAUGAAGGAGUCUGGAAGAAGAGAUUUCAGCCGCACCUUAGUACACUGGUUUACCACCCCGGAGCAGUAGAAACCAGACCACUGUCUAGGACAAUGUCAGAUGUGCUGGGAAGUAGGGCUGGCCCGACUGUCUGAGUUUAGUCAAAAGGUGGGGCAACUUUUGCUCUAAAAGUGCUAGGAAGUAGGGCUGGCCCGUCCAAAACUUUUGCAUUUUAAAAUGCACUUUUUUUCUUCCAUUGCAUAUAUUUUGGCAUGGCAUUAGGAUGAAUUCAUGAGACUGACGAAAUGAAUAAAUUUGGCGGGUCAUGUGGAAACACGGUUUAUAUACUACACUUUCUUCUUAUUCUCAA